UCCUUGUUUUUCCAUCCAGGGAGAGGGAGGAGGAGGAGGAGGAGGAGGAAGCGAAAGCGAGAGGGCCGCCAUUUCAGCGGCGCGAGGAGCUUCCUCGGGGAAGCAUGCGCGAGGAAGGGUCGCGAGGCGGCGGCGGAGGCUCCGGUUCUUCCUCGGACCAUGCAAUGGCGAUCGUUGGUCCUGGCGCUGCUGGCUCUGAGGCUGGCCGGGCAAGCGCUGCUGUGGCUGGCCGGGCCCAGCUUGGGCUUCUACCAACAGCGCUUCUCCGGCUGCGGAGGAGCCGGGGCCGCCAGGGACGGAGCCGCGCCGUCGCCCCCGCGCUGCCUGAGGGUGGCUCCGCACUGGGCCGCCUUCCUGGGCAGGGCCUGGGGGGACGGUAGCGGCGGCGGCGGCAGCAGCAGCCCUCCCGGGGAGAAGGAGGAGGAGGAGGAAGGGGACGGGGACGAGUACGAGCAGCGCUACAGCGGCGCCUUCCCGGCCCAGCUCCGCGCCCAGCUCCGCGACGCCGCCCGAGGCAUGUUCUCCUUCGGCUACGACAACUACAUGGCCCACGCCUUCCCCCAGGACGAGCUCAACCCCAUCGACUGCAGAGGAAGGGGCCCCGACAGGGAAGACCCUUCAAAUCUGAAUAUCAAUGAUGUCCUGGGAAACUACUCGCUUACUCUGAUUGAUGCAUUGGAUACCUUAGCAGUAAUGGGAAAUUCUUCAGAAUUCCAGAAAGCAGUGAAGCUAGUGAUAGACACGGUAUCAUUUGACACAGAUUCUACAGUCCAGGUCUUUGAGGCAACAAUUAGGGUUUUGGGAAGCUUGCUUUCAGCUCACAUAAUAAUUACAGAUGCCCGGCAGCCCUUUGGUGAUAUGAGUAUUAAGGGCUAUGAUAAUGAACUCUUACAUAUGGCUCGUGACCUGGCAGUAAGGCUGCUACCUGCUUUUGAGAACACCAAAACUGGGAUUCCUUAUCCUCGGGUAAACCUAAGAACCGGAGUUCCUUCUGGCAGCAAUAAUGAGACUUGUACUGCAGGAGCUGGUUCCUUGCUGGUGGAAUUUGGAAUUCUGAGCCGGCUUCUUGGUGAUUCAACUUUUGAGUGGGUUGCCCGCCGAGCUGUAAAAGCACUCUGGGGUUUAAGGAGCAAUGACACUGGGUUAUUAGGCAAUGUUGUAAAUAUUCAAACUGGCCACUGGGUUGGAAAGCAGAGUGGUCUGGGAGCUGGAUUAGACUCCUUCUAUGAAUAUCUUUUGAAAUCUUACAUCCUCUUUGGAGAAAAAGAAGAUCUAGAGAUGUUCAAUGAUGCUUAUUGGAGUAUUCAGAACUACUUAAGGCGAGGGAGAGAAGCUUGCAAUGAAGGUGAAGGGGACCCACCACUCUAUGUUAAUGUAAAUAUGUUCAGUGGGCAGUUAAUGAAUACCUGGAUUGAUUCUCUUCAAGCAUUUUUUCCAGGACUUCAGGUUUUAAUAGGUGAUGUAGAAGAUGCUAUUUGCCUCCAUGCAUUUUAUUAUGCAAUAUGGAAACGAUAUGGAGCUCUUCCAGAGAGGUACAACUGGCAGUUACAGGCACCAGAUGUCCUCUUUUAUCCUCUACGGCCAGAGUUAAUAGAAUCUACGUAUCUUCUUUAUCAGGCUACAAAGAAUCCUUUUUAUCUUCAUGUGGGAAUGGAUAUUCUUCAGAGUCUGGAGAAAUAUACAAAAGCAAAAUGUGGUUAUGCUACUCUUCACCAUGUCAUAGAGAAGUCCAAAGAAGAUCGGAUGGAAAGCUUUUUUCUAAGUGAAACUUGUAAAUACUUGUAUUUGCUAUUUGAUGAAGAAAACCCCGUGCACAAAUCAGGCAAUAGAUACAUGUUUACUACAGAGGGCCACAUAGUGUCUCUGGAUAAGCGUCUUCGUGUUUCCCUGUGGGAAGAUAACUUCCCUGAAGAGAAGAAAAUGGAAAAACUAAAGCCUAAUGAACUAAGAGCAGUCAACUCCACCUCUAAUUGCAACAGAGUACCGGAUGAGAGGAGAUACUUACUGCCUUUGAAGAGUGUUUAUAUGAGACAGAUUGAUCAAAUGGUGGGCUUGAUCUGAACAACUUUUCAUGUGGAGUAAUCCUUAAAAUGCAUGGCAACUACUUGCUCUGGUGACAACAGUCCUCUUGAGCUUACCUAGCUUAUAGCAGGUGCUAGAAUUAAGUAGCCACUUACUAUGAUGGAAGAUUUAAUCUCAUGCUGAGAAGAAGGGGACCCUAUUCUAGACUGCAGUUACCAUAACUGAAAUGCAGUGUAAAGUGGCACAUUUUGCAUCAUAUGAGCCAAAUUCUCAUGUGUGAAACUUCCAAGUCCUUUAUUGCUGAUGAAGACUUGAUAGUCUAAAAUUGCUUUUAAAAAGCGACAACAAGUGGCUUGUUCUAGGAAUCCUGCUUUGCUUCCACUUCUUGUAUUGUAAAUGAGAAUUUUGGAGAGGACCUUCAAGUUUAAUUAUAUUUCUUUAAAAAUGAUAUGGGGAAGGAAAACGGAAUGUGCAAUGUCUCUCACUAAGCUCAAUUUUCUGUUUCACUAGCAAUAAAAAGUACAAAUUAUUGCUCAGGUAGGAAAAUAUCCAUAGGUUAUGGUUUACUUAAAAUGUCUUGCUGAAAAUGUCAUAAUUGAAGUGCUUGUAAUGCCAGCAAAGGUGUUGCAUUGCUGUUUUCAGGACUAGCAUCUGGGCAGAUGUUAGAAACAGUGUUCUUAAUUUGAACUGCACAUUCAAGUGUGUAUGGAGUUUACUAGUUUCUGUAACCAGUAAUUUUUUAAAAAGGUGCCUUCUUGUAGGUGAAAAUGCACAAAUCCACUCAUAUCUCUCACCUCAUAACUUUGCAUUGCUGAUUUCAAAGACAUUCACCACAUUUUUCUGUUAUAUUUGUCUUCUUUUGGUGCCUCUCUAAGGGAUCUACCUGAACUAAGUAUUUACAUUCCUUGUAGUUCUAAUAUGCAAACUUUUGGAGCUAGUGCCUUCAUAUUUUUGUUACCCGGAAUAGAAUCAAGAGUUCCAGCUCUUUCAUUUCUAAAGGCACAGUCUUUUAAAUUAACUUUUAUGUAGAAGCAUUAUAAACAAUUCACAUCCCAAAUAGUAUUUGAGGGUUAUACACUCUUUCACACUAUUGUGAAUUGGGAAUUCUUGUGACAGAAACCACUCCUGUGGACAAGUAUUUUUAUAGCAUAGUUGGACAGGAGCUGCUUUUCAAAGAUAUUCUGACAAGAAUGUUCAUAUAUCUCGCAUGUAUAUUUGAGUGCAUUAUGUUGAAGCCCUCGGACAAAACAAUCCAAAGGGCUGUAUAAAGCCUCUUUUCUUCUCAUUUCCCCCCAAUUCCUCUCAGUAGUGAGGAGAAUACAAAGUAGCAUCUGCCUGCCUUAUUUAUGGAUCACAAAGGAUUGGCUUUCCAGUAGUAUAUUAUUUUCACUAAAACAAUUCUACUUCAGAAAAAGUAAGGUACAUUGUAGUUCACGUCUUGAACUACAGUGUGUAAAUAUCCAUUUUAUUACUCCAUAAUCCAGUCUCAUUGUUCAUAAUACUGGUUUCAUAAAAGCACAUUUAAGUUAACUACACAAUAUUUAUCAAAGAAAUAAUUAGGGCUUGCUUAAUCUCUUUGGCAAACAAAAAUAUCUCAGGGAUCUCAAAGUAGGCUUCUGUUUGCCUAACAGAUUUUGUGUUUCACCUUUCACCUUUUCUAUUUCCAUACUGUUUUUAUUGCUUAGAAAGCUAGCAGAACAGAAUUCCCAGAAUAUAAAAUUCUAUUCAAACAAAACAACCUCAUUGUUUCUCUGUAUUGUAGGCCAGGUCUUAAUUCUCUUUUCCUGUACUGCCCUCUAAAAUGUUGAAAAUAAUUACUAAUUUGGAAGGUGAUCAAAAUUUGUGGAGUUGCAUGUCCCAAUGUUGUUAGGCCAAUGCUGGUAAUUAAAACUGUUGGGCUAAGGAUGAGCACUUCUGGAUAAGCAUGUCUGCUGAAAGCCAUAACUCCAUGGCUAAAUCUUCGGGAGGAAAAGUUGUAAAGCAAAAGAACUGAACACUCCAGAACAACUUUGGAUGAGUGUUUUGGUGGAAAACUUCGGCUGUGAUCCAUAGAGCUGUUAAGGUACAUGUGAAGUGCUUGAAUAGCCUAGUGGAUUUUUUUAUUCUUCACCAUGGCCACCUCAUUAUUGCUAAUUUAUUUUGAAAUAGAAAAAAUUCAUGUACAGUUUGUAAUUUAUAUGUGAGUAAGGUCUUAAUGCUUGUAUGGGUCUGAUGAAUUCCUUUCAUAGUUCUCUAGGCCAUGGCCACACUAAACUUUCACUGUAAAGAUAAAUUUAAUCCAAAACUGUUGAGUUCACCAUUGCUGUAAUCAUGUUGUCAAAUGAGGCAUGCUUUUGCAAUGUGUGUGUACAUAAUGGGUUCUGCUGGAUGUUUAAAUUCCUCAGCAUAACAUAUCAGCACUUCUGACAACAUUUUUCCAUUGCAAAUUGCAUGUCUUGCUGCGUAGCAAGUUUGUGCCUACCAAAAUGUUGAGUGGCCAAAUGGUUAUUUACAGUCAGCUCAUUUUGCCAAGUAGUACGUGUGAGAUGUUGAUUUUCAAAACAGAUAAAAUAACUUUUGUUUAAUCAGGGUACCUGGGUUCUAAAUUCUGAAUUUUCUUUGCACUUCAAUAACAAGUGUACUUCCAGUAGAAGUAUCAUAGCCCUUUACAUGUAACUUACCCAUCAUUUUAAUUCUGUUUUGGUGCAGAUGGAAACAGAAAUUGAGGAGAUUGUAUUUUCCUGAGACUGGUGUGCAAGGCCACCCGCGGGUGCUAAUAUGUGCUGUGAUCACUCGAUAUUGAAUUGGAUUGCACUAUGUGUGGUUUUAUGAGUGAACUAGAUCAAAUUUUCAAUUUGACAUUUCCAGUUUCGCUUACAUUGAACUUUUUUAUCAAUAGUAUCCUGUAAAAUAUCCCUUUCAGUUUAUGAAAAGGGACUAAUUUUUCUUUUCUUGCAAAAUUAGUGUUAAGUCUAAAACAUUGCUUGGAUACUUGCCAAUACUCAUAUAAGCAGAUUAAAUUCUCAUCAUAAUGUGCAAUAUGUAUUUUCCAAGCCUAACAUGGCGUUGUUACAAAUCAUAUUUAAUGGGGUAAUUGUAUUAAGGUUUAUAAAGAAUGCAGUGUUCUGAGCAAUGUAAAGAUUUAAAAAAUGAAUAGAUUUUACAUAUAAUUUGUAUUAAAGCACUAUUUCUUAA